GGGGCGGGGCCUGGGCGGGGCCGCAGGGCGCGCGCCCGGGGCGCCGAGUCCUAUUGUCUCCGGCGGCUGGGUCCGCCUGUCUGAGCGCUGGGCCGGAUCACACCCGUCAGGACUCGGUUCUGUCCUCCUGGAUUGCAUUUGAUUAGAUUGGAACAUUCACCUGAUUCCACGUGUGAAGUUUCUUCCUCAUAGACGUUGAAACUCAGAGGAAAUUUUUCUACACUGCAAGUGGGAAGGAGAAGCGUGUGGAGUUCUCAGAGGCAAAAUCUGUAUGCUAAGCGGGUUGCCUUUCCUUAUUAUCAUGGCAUUGCCCUGCCUUGAGGGUUCCAAACCUCAGUGAAGAACCCAAGGACUAUUCAGCUUAUGGCAGCUGUGUCUCCUUCUAUCCCGUUCUCUCGCCUCGAUAAGGGUCACCUAUAGGCUUGACGAGAGUGUUGACCUCGGCUGUAGUCACUGUCAUGGAGCGUCUUCACAGCCCGUUUGAUCUGGUGCUAGUUGGCCUUGACAUCCACAGUGAGCACAGGUGCCAUCAAGUCGGAUCUGAUUCAUUGCAACUCGUGUGUCACAGUAGAACUAUGCUCCACGGGGUUUUCAAUGGCUGAUUUUUUCAGGAGUGAAUCAUCAGGGUUUUCUUUUGAGGCACCUCUGGGUGGACUGAAAUCUCCAACCUUUUGAUCCCUGUCCAGAAUGCACUGAGUGGGAAUAAGAAGCAUAGCAUCCUGGUUCUACCACUGCCCAGUGGUUCAGGAAAAUUUACCAUCUGAAUCACAGGAUGGCAGCCAUUGUUCUCUCCCCCACUUGUGCUCAGUCUUCCCUAUACCCAGCCUCUCAUCAAAAAGGAUCAACAGAGGAAGAAGGGUUGGUUAAAGGAUUCCUGACAAGCUGGUUACAGGACUUGGUGACCUUCGAAGAUGUGGCUGUGGAGUUCACCCAAGAGGAAUGGGCAUUGUUGGACCCUUCUCAGAGAAAACUAUACAGAGAUGUGAUGCUGGAAAACAGCAGAAACCUGGCAUCACUUGAUCCGGAGAGUACACUUAAAGCCAAAGGGCUAACUUCUAAGCAGCCUGUUUUUAGAAAAGAAAAAACUAAACAUAUGAAAAUGGAGAGAAGUCAUCUUGGAGUGAAGUUCAAUGAAUGUAAUCAGUGUUUUAAAGUCUUCAGCACAAAAUCAAGCCUUACACAGCACAAAAGAAUUCACACUGGAGAAAAACCUUAUGACUGUAACCAAUGUGGAAAAUCCUUCAGCAGUAGCUCUUACCUUACUGUUCAUAAGAGAGUACAUAAUGGGGAGAAACCCUAUGACUGCAGCGACUGUGGGAAAGCCUUUAGUAACUCCUCAUCCUUUAAAUCACACGUGAGAAUACACACUGGAGAAAAACCCUAUGAAUGUAAUGAGUGUUUUCGUGUCUUCCGCACUAGAUAUAGCCUCAAAACGCACAAGAGAGUUCAUACUGGAGAGAAUCACUAUGAGUGUAAUCGGUGCGGAAGGGCCUUCAGCACGCGUGCCUCCCUUACUGUGCACGAUAGAAUUCAUGCAGGGAUAGAGAAUCAAGUGGACAAACCCAGUUUGAUCUCCCAGUUGGAGCAAGAGCAGAUGAUGACAGAAAAUAGAAGAAUUCUCCCAGGUUCUUGUCCAGAUGUGGAGACUGUACUUAAAGCCAAAGAACUAAUUUCUACGCAGCCUAUUUUUAGAAAACAAUCUAAAUGUGUGAAAAUGGAGAGAAGUCAUCUUGGAGUGAGCCUCAAUGAAUGUAAUCAGUGUUUUAAAGUCUUCAGCACAAAAUCAAACCUUACUCAGCACAAGAGAAUUCAUACUGGAGAAAAGCCCUUUGAUUGUAACCAGUGUGGAAAAUUCUUCAGCAGUAGCUCUUACCUUACUGUUCAUAAGAGAAUACAUAAUGGGGAGAAACCCUAUGAAUGCAGUGAUUGUGGGAAAGCCUUCAGUAAUCUCUCAUCCCUUAGACUGCAUGCAAGAAUUCACACUGGUGAAAAACCCUAUGAAUGUAAUCAGUGUUUUCAUGUCUUCCGCACUAGAUGUAGCCUCAAAACACACAAGAGAGUUCAUACUGGGGAGAAUCAUUAUCUGUGCAAUCAGUGUGGAAAGGCCUUCAGCACAAGCUCCUCCCUUACUGUGCACAAUAGAAUUCAUACAGGUGAGAAACCGUAUGAAUGCCAUGAUUGUGGAAAAACCUUCAGGAAGCGCUCACAUCUAACACAGCAUGUAAGAACUCAUACUGGAGAAAAACCUUAUGAAUGUAAUCAGUGUGGGAAAUCCUUCAGCAGUAGCUUUUCUCUUACUGUGCACAAAAGAAUACAUAAUGGAGAGAAACCCUAUGAAUGCAAUGACUGUGGGAAAGCAUUUAAUAAUCUCUCAUCUGUUAAGAAACACUUGAGAACUCACACGGGAGAAAAACCCUAUGGAUGUAAUCAAUGUGGAAAAGCCUUCAGCAGUAACUCUUACCUUUCUGUGCAUAAGAAGAUACAUGAUCAGUAGAUAUGAAUGCAGUAAGUGGGAAAGCAUUCAUUGAUCACUUUUUGGAAAGCUUGAGAGAACUCACACUAGAUGUAUUGGUUAUCUGUUGCUGUAUAACAAACUUCUCCCAAAACUUAGUCUUAAAACAUAUUAUCUCACAGUGUCUGCAGGUCAGGUAUUCAAGUGCGGGUUUUCUGUGUGGUUCUGACUCAGAAUCUUUCAUGAGGUUGCAAUCAGUAUGUCAACCGGAGUUGCAGUAAUCUAUAGCCUUUAGGGCUGAUAGGUCCACUUCCGGGAAGUCUCACUAACAUGCCUACCAAUGCACUACCAAUUGUUGUCAGAAGACCUUCAGUGUCUCACCACAUGGGCCUCUCCACAGGACUGUGUGUCUUCAUGAUAUGGCACCAGGUUUCCUACUACAGAAAGUGAUUUAAAAGAGAGCAAGGCAGUAACCACAAUGUCUUUUAUGACCAAUUCUUUUUUUUAUUAUUGUGACAUAUGACCAGUUCUUUUUAUUAUUAUUAUUUGUGUGGGGGGGUAAAUAUGUAUGUUACAAAAUAUUUGCCAUUUCAACAUUCUUGUAUAAUUUAUUGAUAUUUUAUUGAUCAUAUUGUGCAACCAUCAACAUAACUGUUUCCAGAUUUUUCCAUCAACCUUCAUAGAACCUCUGUGUCCCCUAAGCAGUAGGCUACCCUUUCUCCCUCCCUCCUGUGUGCCCUGGAUAACCACUAAUACACUUAGCUCUCUUUAUAUACUUGAUUAUUUUGGAUAUUUCAUAUAAUGGAAUGAUACAGUAUUUGUUCUUUUGUGACUUAUUUCACUCAGCAUGAUAUUCUCAAGGUCCAUGUAUCUUGUAGCAUGUAUCAGGACUUCGUUUCUCUUUAUGGCUGAGCAAUAUUCACAUUUUGUUGAUCCAUUCAUCUGUUGGUGGACACUUGGGUUGUUCCUAUCUUUUGGGUAUUAUGAAUAUUGGUGUACGAAUUUCUGCUUGUUUUCCUGCUUUCAGUUGUUUUGGGUAUAUACCUAGAAGCUGAAUUGCUGGAUUGUAUGGAGGACAUCAUGCUUGGUAAAGUACAGGGUCAACAGAAAAGAGGAAGACCCUCAACGAGAUGGAUUGACACAGUGGCUGCAACAAUGGGCUCAAGCAUAAUGAUUGUAAGGAUGGUGCAAGACCGAGCAAUGUUUUGUUCUGUUGUGCAUAAGGUCGCUAUGAGUUGGAACCAACUUGACAGCACCUAACAAUAACAACAAAUGGUAAUUCCGGAGCCCUGCAGUGGUUAAGAGCUCGGCUGCAAACCUGAAGGUCAGCAGUUCGAAACCACUGGCCACUCCUUGGAACCCCUGUGUGGCAGUAGUUCUACUCUGUCCUACAGAGUCACUGUAAGUCCGAAUCAACUCAACGGCAGUGGGUUUUGUUUUUUAAUGGUAAUUCUAUGUUCAACUUCCUGAGGAGCCACCGGAAUGUUUUCCACAGUGGCUGUACCAUUUUACAAUCCCACUAGCAAUGCAUGAGGGUUUCUGUUUUUCCACAUCUUCACCAAUACCUGUUUUCUGUUGUUUUAGUCACAACCAUUUUAUGGACAUGAAGUGAUAUGUCAUUGUGGUUUUUAUUUGCCUUUCCCUGACCAUUUUUUGUAUGUAUGCUUAUCGGCCAUUUGUAUUUCUUUCUUUGGUAAAAUGUUCAAGCUCUUUGCCCAUUUUUUGUUUGGGUUAUUUGUAUUUUGUUGUUAAGUUGUAGGAGUUCUUUGUAUAUUCUGGAUAUUAAACCCUUAUCAGAUACAUAGUUCCAAAAAUUUUCUCCCAAUAUAGAGCUUGUCUCUUCACUUUGUUAAUAAUGUUCUUUGAUGAUCACAAGUUUUAAUUUUGAUGAGGUCUUAUUUAUUUUGUCUUAUGUGUCUCAUGUUUCAAUGUGAUAUCUAUGAAUCUGUUGUUGAAACCUAGAUUCCAAAAUAUAACCUCUGGGCUUCCUUCUAAGAAUGUUAUAGUUUUAGUUCUUACAUUCGCUCUUUGAUACAUUUUGAGUUAGUUUUUGAUAUGGUGUGAGGUAUGGGUCCAGGUUUAUUCUUUUGUUUGUGAAAAUCUAGUUGUCUCAGUACCACUCAUUAAAGAGACUGUUCUUUCUCCAUUGGAUGGAUUUAGCACCCCUGUCAAAGAUAAUUGACCAUAAAUGUGCAGGUGUAUUUCUGCUCUCUCAAUUAUUUUCCAUUGGUCUGUGUCUGUCAUUAUAUCAGUACUAGACUCUUGAUAACUGUAACUUUAUAGUAUGUUCUGAGAUUGGCAGGUGUGAGUCCUUUUAUAUUGUUCAUCUUUUAAGAUUUUUUUUGGCUAUUUAGGGCCCAUUGAAGUUCCAUAUAAACUUGAGAAUUGGCUUUUCUAUUUUUUUUAUUUCUAUAUAGAAGGCGGUUGGGUAUUGCAGUGAAUCUAUAGAUUGCUUUAGCUAGUAUUGCCUUCAUGACAAUAGUAAGUCUUCCAAUCCAUGAGCAUGGAAUGUCCUUCCAUUUAUUUAGAUCUUCUGUAAUUUCUUUCAGUGGUGCAAAUGUUUAAACACUCAACUGCUAGCCAAAACAUUGGUGGUUCAAACCCACACAGCAUCUCAGAAGACAGGCCUGGUGAUAUGCUCCAUGAGGUCACAGCCUUGAAAACACUAUGGAGCAGUUCUCUGCACACGUGGGGUCCCUAUGAGUCACAGUUGACUAGAUGGCAACUAACAACAACAACGUUUUAUAGUUUCCAGUGUACAAGUCUUUUACCUCCCUGUUUAUUUCUAGGUAUUGGUCUUAGUUAUCUAGUGCUGCUAUAACAGAUAUACCACAAGUGGGUCACUUUAACGAACACAGAUGUAUUUUCUCACUGUUUAGAAGGCUAAACAUCCAAAUUCAGAGUGCCAGGUCUAGAGGAAGGCCAUCUCUCUCUGUUGGCUCCAGAGGAAGGUCAUUGUCUCUUUGAGCUUCUGCUCCUGGCUUAGCAUCUCUCUUCCCCCGUCUCUGCUUUUCCCAUGCUUGUUUAAUCUCUCUUACAUCUCAGAAGAAAUUUACUCAGAACACACCCUACACUAACCCUGUCUCAUUAGCAUAACAAAGACAACUAAUUCCAAAAUGGGAUUAUAACCACAGGCAUAUGGUUAGGUGCCAUGGAGUCAGUUCCAACUCAACAGAACAAAACAUUGCCCAGUCCUGUGUCAUCCUCAGAGUCAUUGCUAUGUUUGAGCCCACUGUUGCAGCCACUGUGUCAGUGCAUCUUGUUGAGGGUCUUCCUCUUUUUUGCUGACCCUCUGCUUUACUAAGCAUGAUGUCUUUGAUGGUUAAGAUUGUGUGUCAACUUGGCUGGGCCAUUAUUCUCAGUGUUUCUAUGUGAUCACUCCCAUGAUGGGAUCUGCUGUGAGUAGCCAAUCAGUUGAAAGGGAUUUUCCUCGAGCGUGUGGCCUGCAUCCAAAUAUAAGCAGACAUUCUGGCUUUUUGCUUGUUCUGGAUCCUGCAGCUGCUUCCUGUUCUUCUGACCUCUGGUUCUUGGGACUUGAGCUAUCAGCUUAUUUGCCAUUCUUGGAAUUCGUCAAUCUUCACAGCCUGUGAGCGGAUCCCUGCUCUCUGACCUGCCAAUCUUGGGUUCGCCAGCCCCUGCAGCUAUGUGAAUCAGGAGAAGCCUCUGUCCUAAUCCAUGGAUUUGGGGCGUUCCAGCCUCUACAAUCAUGUGAGCUGUUUCUUUGCUAUAAAUCUCUCUGUGUAUUUAUACACUUUACUGGUUUUGCCUCUCUAGAAAACCCAGCCUAAGACAAUGUCCUUCUCCAGGGCCUGGUCCCCCCUGAAGUACAUUAGAUGAAGUCUUGCCAUCCUCCCUUCUAAAAAGCAUUCUGGCUGUACUUCUUCCAAGACAGAACUGUUUGUUCUCUGGCAGUCCGUAGUAUAUUCAAUAUUCUUCGCCAACACCAUAAUUCAAAGGCAUGAAUUCUUCAGUCUUCAUUAUUCAUUGUCCAGCUUUGGAAUGCAUAUGAGGUGAUUGAAAAUACCAUGGCUUGGGUCAGGCACACCUUGUCCUCAAGGUGACAUCUUUGCUUUUUAACACUUUAAAGAAGUCUUUUGCAGCAGAUUUGCCCAAUUCAAUACAUUGUUUGAUUUCAUGACUGCUAACCAGGGGGAAAUACUGGUGGCGUAGUGGUUAAGAGCAAUGACUGCUAACCAAAAGAUCAGCAGUUCGAACCCACCAGGUGCCCCUUGGAAACCCUAUGGGGCAGUUCUACUCUGUCCCAUAGGAUCACUGUGAGUCAGAAUUGACUGGACAACAACAGGUUUGUUUUUGUUUUUUUGGUUCCAUGGGUAUUGGUCUGUGAAGCCAAAUAAAAUGAAAUCCUUGACAACUUGAGUAUUUUCUGUUUAUCUUGUUGCUCUAGUUAUGCAGAUUCAUCACAAAUUCUACCUUUCACCAAACAUUUGAACAUAAUUCAGACAUACAUAAACAUAAUUUACUAUGAGCACCUUAAAACUCUUCCAGCCUCCACCCAUUACCUAAUUAGAAAAACACUUCAACAUUGUAGGUGUUUGUUAGAGCAGCACCCCCACUUCACAGUACCUAAUUCUGUCUUAGUUAUCUACUGCUGCUUUAACUGAAAUACCAUAAGUGGGUGGCUUUAACAAACAUUUCUCACAGUUUAGGAGGUCAGAAGUCUGAAUUCAGGGUGCCAGCUCUAAGUGAAGGCCUUCUGUCUGUCAACUCUGGAGGAAGGUACUUGUCUCUGUUUGAUAUUCUGCUCUUGGGUGAUCUUCAUGUGGCUUCACACCUGUCUUCCCCCAUCUCUGCUUUUCACAUGCUUGUUUAAUCUCUUUUAUAUUUCAAAAGAGAAUGACUCAAGACACACCCUACACUAAUCCUGUCUCAUAAACAUAUCAAAGACAACACAUUCCCAAAUGGAAUAGAGGUUAGGAUUUACAACAUUUGGGGGAGGACACAAUUCAAACUGUAGCAAUAAUCUUUUAGAUGCUAUUGUAAAUGGAAUUGUUUCCUUAAUUCCUUUUCACAUGGCUCAUUGCUGAUGUAUUUUUGAGUGUUAAUCUUAUAUCCUGCCUGAUAUACUGAUUUUCGUGUGUUGAUCUUGUAUCCUGCCACUUUGCUGAAGUCAUUUCUUAGCUGGAAUACCUUUCUUGUGGGUUCUUUGGGGCCUUCUAUGUAUAGAAUCAUAUAUUCUGAAAAAAGGGAUAGUUUUCUUUCCUGAUUUGCAAUCAUUUUAUUUUUUUCUUACCUAAUUGCUCUGGCAUAACAAAUUAUAGAUAACAUUGCAAAGAAUAGGAAUUCAUGAGGAACCUGUACGUAGACCAAGAGGCAGUCAUUCCAACAGAACAAGGGGACACUGAAUGUUUUUAAGUCAGAAAAGGUGUGUGUCAGGGUUGUAUCCUUUCACCAUACCUAUUCAGCCUGUAUGCUAAGCAAAUAAUCUGAAAAGCUGGACUAUAUGAAGAACAGGACAUUAGGAUUGGAGGAAGCCUCAAUAAAAACCUGUGAUAUGCAGAUGACACAACCUUGAUUGCUGAAAGUGAAGAGGAUAUGAAGCAAUUAUUGAUGAAAGUAGCUUUUAGUAUGGAUUACACUUCAACAUAAAAAAAAAAUCCUCACAUCUGGACCAAUAAGAAACGUCAUGAUAAAUGGAGAAAAUGAUUGACAUUGUACGGGAUUUCAUUUUACUCUGAUCUACAAUCAACCCCCAUGGAAACAGCAGUCAAGAAAUUAUAUGACACACUGCAUUGGGAGAAUCUGCUACAGAAGACCACUUUAAAAGUGUUUAAAAACAAAGAUAUCACUUGAAGGACUAAGGCAUGUCUAACCCAAGCCAGUGAAUAAGGAAGACCGAAGAAGAAUUGACCCCUUUGAAUUGUGGUGUUGGCAAAGAAUAUUGAAUAUUCAUCCCUCAUCGAGAUAGAUUGACACAGUGGCUGCAACAACGGACUCAAGCAUAACAGUGAUUUUGAGGACAGCACAGGACCAGGAAGUGUUUCAUUCUGUUGUACCUAGAGUCACUGUGAGUCAGUACCAACUCGAGGGAACCUAACAACAACUCGAGCCAUGAUAUUUUCAGUUGCCUCACAUGCAUGCAAAAGCUGGAAAAUGAAUAAGGAAGACCGAAGAAGAAUUGAUGCCUUUGAAUUAAGAUGGUGAAGAAUUUUUAAUCUACCAUGAAAUGCCAGAAGAAUGAACAAGUCUCACUUGGAAGAAGCACAAGCAGAAUACUCCUUAGAAGCAAGAAUGGUGAGAUUUGGUCUCACAUACUUUGAACAUGUUAUCAGGGGUGUCCAGUCCCUGGAGAAGGACAUCAUGCUUGGUAAAAUAGAGGGUCAGUGAAAAAGAGGAAGACCCUCAAUGAGAUGGAGUGAUACAGUGGCUGCAACAGUGGUCUCAAACAUAACGAUUAUGACGAUGGCGCAGCACCAGGCGGAGUUUCAUUCUGUUGUACAUAGGGUCUCUAUGAGUCCAAACUGGCUCGACAGCACCUAACGACAAUUACUGUGGCUAGGACUUGCAGUGCAAUAUUGAAUAGCACUUGUGCCAGUGGGCAUUUUUGUCUUGUCUUGAUCUGAAGGAGAAGAUUCUCAGUCUUUCUCCCAUGAGUAUUAUGUUAGCUGUGUUUUUAUAAAUGCCCUUUAUCAGAUUGAGGCAUUUCCCUUCUAUUCCUAGCUGGUUGAGUAUUUUUAUCAUGGUAGGGAGCUGGAGUCUGUCAAAUGCCUUCUCCGUGUCAAUUGAGAUCAUCAUGUGCUUUUCUUCCUUUGUUCUACUAAUGUGUAUUACAGUGAUUGAUUUUCUAAUGUUGAACCACCCUUUCAUUCCUGGGAGAAUCCCACUUGAUCAUGGAUCAAGUAUCCUUUGUAUACUUGAUCACAUAUAAUCCUUUGAAUAUGCUUUUGUAUUUGGUUUGCUAGCAUUUUUUGAAGAUUUUUGUAUCUGCAUUCAUAAGGGAUAUUGGUCUGUAGUUUUCUUGUGGUAUCUUUGGAUUUGGUAUCAGGGUAUUGGUAACCUCAUAAAAAUGAGUUAGGAUGUGUUCCCUCUGUUUAUAUAUUUUUGGAAAAGUUUAAGAAGGAUUGGCGACACUUCUUUAAAUGAUUUUUACAAUUCUGCAGAGAAGCCAUCUGAUCCAAGACUUUUCUUUUGUUGGGAGGUUUUUGAUUACUGACUCAAUCUCUUCACUUGUUACGGGUCUGUUGAAAUCCUUUAUUUUGGAGUCAGUGUAGAAAGUUUGUGUUUCUAGGAAUUUGUCCAUCUCAUUAGAUUAUCUAAUUCGUCAGUAUACAGUUGUUCAUUGUAUUAUAUUAUGAUCCUUUUUAUUUCUGUGGGGUCAGCUAUAAUGUCCCCACCUUCAUUUCUGAUUUUACCUAUUUGCAUCUUCUGUUCUUUCUUCUAUGUCAGCCUAGGAACAGGUUUGUCCAUAUUACUGAUUUUUGCAAAAAAGCAACUUAUGGUUUUAUUGUCUCUUGUUUUUCUGAGUUUUUGUUUUUGUUGUUCUCGAUUUCAUUUAUUUCUGUUUUGAUUUUUGUUAUCUACUUCUGGUUCCUUUAGGUUUGACUUGCUCUUCUUUUUCUAGUUCUUCGAGAUGUACAGUUAGGAUAUUGAUUUACUUUUUUAAUGUAUGCAUUUAUAGCUAUAAAUUUCCCUUUGAGCACUGCUUUCACUGUGUCUCUGUUUUUAUAUGUUUUAUAUUUAACUCUAAAUAUUUUCUGAUUUGUCUUUUCUCUUUUGAUUUCUUCCUUGACCUAUUGGUUGUUUAAUAGUGCUUUGUUUAAUUUCUGCAUGUUUAUAUAUUUUCCAUUUUCUUCUGUUAUUAAUUUCUAACUUCACACCAUUUGUGCUUAAUACUUUAUAUUAUCUCAGUCUUUUUAAAUUUAUUGAGACUUUCUGACCUUAUAUGUGGCCUAUCCUUGUAAUAUGAACACAAAUGAGCACAAAUCCUUAUGCUCAUGCAGAACAUGUACAUAGACCAAGAGGCAGUCAGUCAUUCAAACAGAACAAGGGGAUAGUGAGUGGUUUAAAACCCAAAAAGGUGUGUGUCAAGAUUGCAUCCUUUCACCAUUUUUAUUCAAUCUCUACGCUGAGGAAAUAAUUUGAGAUGUCGAACUACACGAAGAAGAAUGUGGCAUCACGAUUAGAGGAAGAUUCAUUGACAACAUGUGAUAUAUAGACAACACAAUCUAUAAACAACACCCAUGGAAGCAGCAGUCAAAAACAAUGUAUUGCAUUGGGCAAAUCUCCUGCAAAAGACUUUUUUAAAGUGUGAAAAAAGCAAAGAUGUCACCCUGAAGACUAAGAGGCACAUGACCCAAGCAGGAGUAUUUUCAGUCAGCUCAUGUGCAUACAGAAGCUGGACAGUGAAUAAGGAAGACUGAAGGGGAAUUGAUGUCUUCAAAUUCUGGUGUUGACAACGGAUACUGACUAUGCCGUGGGCCGCCAGAAGAACGAACAGAUCCGUCACGGAAGAAGCACAGCCAGAAUGCUCCACAGAAGCAAGAAUGGCAAGACUUAUCUCACAUACUUUGGACAUGUUAUCAGGAGGGACCAGUCCCUGGAAAAGGACAUCAUGCUUUGUAAAAUAGAGGGUCAUUGAAAAAUAGGAAGACCCUCAACGACAUGGAGUGACACAGUGGCUGCAACAUUGGCCUUAAGUAUGACAACAAUUGGAAGGAUGGCACAAGAACGGGCAGUGUUUCAUCCUGUUGUACGUGGGGUCGCUGAGUCAGAACAGACUUGAAAGCACCUGACAACAACACAUCUUCCUUCAGUUCUUUUGGUAUUUGCUUUGUGUAUUUAGGUGCUUUGAUGUUAGAUGAAUGCAUAAUUGUCUUCUUGAUGAAUUGAUGGUUUCAUCUUAUUAUGUCCUUUCUUGUAACAGAUUUUGACUUAAAGUCUUUCGUCUGAUAAUAAGAUCACCGCUUCUAUUCUCUUGGUUAUUAUUUGCAUGGAAUAUUAUUUUUCAAAAUUCCAUUUUCACCAUUUUGUGUCCUUGGGCCUAAGAAGUGUCUCUUGUACACAGCAUAUAGUUGGAUAUGGUUUUUCCCUAUUCUCUCACUCUCUGCCGUUUGAUUAAAGCAUUUAGUCCAUUUA